AUGAGGCCCGAGAGGGUGCGGGCUGGGCUGGAGGGGCCUGGGGCGCAGUGGCCGCGGUUCUGCGUGGAUGGAAUCACGGGGCCCGCGCACCGCGUCUGGCUGGAAGCCUCCGUGCGGAUGGACGGAUGGACCCGCUCGGCUUCUCACCGCGUCUACAGAUCCCCAGCCACAGCGAGGUCACGCUCCGGGGCUCUGUUGGCUUUGGACGGCUUCCUCGGCGGUCACCGUCCUGAGCAGCUCGGGGCAGGCCCUGCGGGGGAAUCUCCACGGCAGGUGAGUCAGGUCCUGGGCUUUGGCAUCGAGCCCCAACAGCUGUGCGUCUGUGAGCGGCCCGCCCUCCCCCCUCCCCCCUGCACAGGCCGCCUCAUUCUGCCUCUCUCGUCCUCAGCCACCCUCGGUGCAGCCGCCAUCUCCGCGCCCCCGGAGUGCGGAAGGCCGCAGCGGCUGGACAGGGUGGUGGGAGGCCAGGACAGCGGCGACGCCGAGUGGCCGUGGGUCGUGAGCAUCCGCAAGAACGGCACCCACCACUGCGCGGGCUCGCUGCUCACCAGGCGGUGGGUGGUCACUGCCGCCCACUGCUUCAAGGGUUACCUGGAGCAGCUCUCCCUGUUCUCCGUGCUGCUGGGGGCCUGGAAGCUGGGGAGCCCCGGGCCCCGCGCGCAGCGGGCGGGCAUCGCCUGGGUGCUGCCCCACCCCCGCUACUCCUGGAAGGAGGCCGCGGGCGCCGACAUCGCCCUGGUGCGCCUCGAUCCCCCCGUCCAGUUCUCCGAGCGGGUCCUGCCCAUCUGCCUUCCAGACGCUUCCGUCCGCCUCCCGCCGCACACCCAGUGCUGGAUUGCAGGCUGGGGGAGCAUCCGUGAUGGAGUGCCCCUGCCCCACCCUCAGACCCUGCAGAAGCUGAGGGUGCCCAUCAUCGACUCGGGGAUCUGCAGCCUCCUGUACUGGCGGGGAGCAGGGCAGGAAGCCAUCACCGAGGACAUGCUGUGUGCGGGCUACCUGGAGGGCCAGCGGGACGCCUGCCUGGGUGACUCCGGAGGACCCUUGGUCUGUGAGGAGAACGGGCGGUGGUAUCAGGUCGGCGUGGUAAGCUGGGGCCAGGGCUGCGGUCGGCCCAGGAAGCCUGGUGUCUACACCAACGUCAGUCAGCACUUCGACUGGAUCCAGACCGUGAUCCAGGGUGUGGAGGUGCGUAGGAGGCUGGCUGGGCUGGGCUGA